GAUUAGAGAGUCUCUCUGUUGAAGAAGAGUUUGAAAACUUUAUAGAGAUGAAAAGAAACAGGAAUUUCUCCCUUCUGCUUUUUGUAGUCUUUUUGGGAAUAUUGUUCAUCACAUUUUCCGUAAUUUCAGUGGAGGCAAGAAAGUACAGAGUCAAAAAGAGCAAGCCACACAAGCACCAGAAUGAUAGGAAUGGCAAUGGAAAUCGGAAUAGUCCUGGACCUGCACCGGCUCCACUUCCUCAUUAUCCGACCCGGUCCACCAUUUUCGAUGUCAUGUCUUUCGGGGCUAAAGGCGAUGGAGUUUCCGACGAUUCCAAGGCAAUUAUAGCAGCAUGGAAAGCUGCCUGCAAAGUUUCUGGUGCUACUAUAGAAAUACCAUCAAAUUUUCAGUUCUUUCUUAAGCCAAUAACCCUUCAAGGACCAUGCAUGCCAAACCUUGUUCUUCAGAUAGAUGGUACUCUAUUAGCUCCACCAAACGUAGGCUCUUGGCCAAAAUCAAGUUUAUUUCAAUGGAUCAACUUCAAAUGGGUCCAAAACUUCACCAUUAAAGGAACUGGUAUUGUUGAUGGCCAAGGCUACAGUUGGUGGAAAUACUCCUCCAUUUAUUUUUUGCAGAAGAACUCCAAGCACAUCCCUGACAUGAAACCCACUGCUUUGAGAUUCUACUCAAGCUAUGAUGUUACAGUUCGAGAUAUUAAAAUCACAAAUAGCCCUCAGUGCCAUCUGAAAUUUGACAGUUCCAGAGGGAUUAAAGUUGACAACAUUACCAUAUCUUCCCCAGAGAGCAGUCCAAACACAGAUGGCAUUCAUUUGCAGAAUACCCAAGAUGUUGAAAUUCACAACUCCAAUUUUGGAUGUGGAGAUGACUGUGUUUCCAUACAAACUGGUUGCUCAAAUGUUCAUAUCCAUCAUAUUAAUUGUGGCCCAGGACAUGGUAUCAGCAUAGGAGGCCUAGGAAAAGACAAAACUGUUGCAUGUGUUUCCAAUAUCAUAGUAGAGGACAUCUCAAUUCAAAACUCUCUAACAGGAGUAAGGAUCAAGACCUGGCAGGGGGGCAUUGGAUCUGUGAAGAAUGUGUCAUUUCUCAAUGUCCAAGUUUCAGAUGUGAAGAUUCCAAUUAUGAUAGACCAGUUCUAUUGUGACAAGAAGUUUUGCAAGAACCAAACAGGGGCCGUGGGAAUAAGAGGUGUGAAAUAUGAUAGAAUAAUUGGGACUUAUUCAGUGCAGCCAAUUCACCUUGUCUGUAGCAAUGAAAUUCCAUGCACAGAUGUUGAUCUUAUUGAUAUUCAGCUCAAACCCUCACCUGGGUAUCGAGGAUUUCAUCAAGCUUUGUGUUGGAAUACUUAUGGGAAGUCACAGGCCCCUUUACUUCCUUCAAGCAUUGACUAUUGCUUGGGAAAAAAUGGUGAUCCAGUAAAGAGAAUAGAAAAGUCACAUGAACAUGUUUGUUAAGUUGUCUAGAUUAUGAUUCAAGGUUGUAGUGGCUUCGUUAUAUUUCCUCCUUCUAGGAGCUUCCCUUCUGCAAUUUUUUUUUUUCCACUGUGGGAAGGUGAUGAUGUGUAAAUUUUUGUUUUAUUCUU